AUGGGUACGGAGGAGAUGGAGGCGGUCAUCGUCGCCGGCGUCCUCCGGCGAGCUGGCGCUGACGUGACGCUUGCCUCUGUGGAGGACGGCCUCGAGGUGGAGGCGUCCUGCGGCUCCCGCAUCGUCGCGGACACGCACAUUGCCUCCUGCGCUGACCAAGUGUUCGAUCUUGUGGCUCUCCCGGGAGGAAUGCCUGGUUCAGUGCGGUUGAGAGACAGUGACAUCCUUCAGAGGAUCACAGUUAGACAGGCUGAGGAGAAAAGAUUGUAUGGUGCUAUAUGUGCCGCACCGGCGGUUGUUCUAACGCCGUGGGGUCUCCACAGGAGAAAAAAGGUUUCAGGAGAGCUUACUACAAGUCGUGGCCCAGGGACAGCAUUUCAGUUCGCUCUAUCAUUUGUUCAGCAAAUGUUUGGGCCUCACACAGCUGAAGAUAUGAACAGGAUUUUGAUGGCACAAACUCACGACGAUCUUGAAAGGAGUGCAGAAGUCAAUGAAUUUGAGUGGUCUGUUGAUCGUAAUCCUGAGGUUCUUAUUCCAAUUGCAAAUGGGUCUGAAGAGAUGGAGAUCAUAAUUCUGGUUGAUAUUUUAAGACGGGCAAAGAUAAAUGUGGUAUUAGCGUCAGUUGAAAAAUCUCCAACUAUUCUUGGAUCUCAAAGGAUAAAGAUUGUUGCUGAUAAAAGCAUUAUGAGUGCCUCUGAUUCAAUAUAUGAUCUAAUCAUUCUUCCUGGAGGAGCUGCUGGAGCUGAGCGGCUGCACAGGUCCAGAAUUUUGAAGAAGUUACUCAAACAACAAAUGCAAGCUGGCAGGAUGUAUGGUGGGGUUUGUUCUGCUCUGAAGGUUCUGCAGCAGCAAGGUUUACUCGAGGAUAAAACAGUGACAGCUCAUCAUGCUGUUAGGCAAUUAUGUUCAUUCAGAGGAAACUUUACUGUCUUCAGUGUGCCUGUAUUUGGUUUGUAUUUUCCGAGGCCACAGGCGGACACAGGGAUAAAAGGACCUGAACUCCCGAGGUUAUUCCACAGCUUCGUGCAGGUCACUCAAGCUUUGUGCAGGAAAAUGUACCGCCAUGCUCGCAAGUCGCAAGCCAUGGUAAAACUGCUGAGGUGGAAAGGAGGAGCGAGGGUAAAACUGCUGAGGUGGACAUGGAUUCAAUUGAGUGGGCUGCUAAUCAAAGGCACGCUGUAA